AUGAGAAUCGAAGAGGUGGCUUCGACGAAGCACGCCCACCGAGUGGCUUCGCACAGCCACAUCAAGGGCCUCGGGCUGAACGAAGAUGGGUCCGCAAAAGAAAUCUUCAUGGGGAUGGUCGGGCAGGAGAAAGCCAGAGAAGCCGCGGGCUACGUCGUUGAGCUCAUCCGGUGCAAACGCAUGGCUGGCAAGGCCCUCCUUCUGGCUGGACCGCCUGGGACAGGCAAGACAGCCAUUGCUAUGGCUAUUGCGCAGGAGCUCGGCCCUAAGGUUCCCUUUUGUCCCAUGGUUGCCUCGGAGGUUUACUCCGCCGAGGUGAAGAAAACAGAGAUCCUCAUGGAGAAUUUCCGCCGCGCUAUUGGCAUCAAAAUCAAGGAGAUGAAAGAAGUAUACGAAGGCCAAGUUGUUGACUUGGUUGAUGAACCUUCUGAGAGCGCCUUGCACGAUGAGACCGACGAGAAGUCGAAGACGACCACCCGUCCCAUUAAAAUCACUCUGAAGACGCAGAAGGGAUCUAAAACUCUUCGUCUCGCGCCACAGAUAAACGAAGGCAUAAAACAGCAGCAGAUCCACGUAGGAGACGUGAUCUACAUUGAGGCUUCGACGGGCAACGUGAAGCGCGUCGGGCGCUCAGAUGAGUUUGCUACGGAAUUCGACCUCGACGCCGAUGAAUACGUCCCGAUUCCUCGCGGCGACGUCCACAAGAAGAAGGAAGUUGUGCAGGAUGUGACUCUGCACGACCUCGAUGCGGCGAACGCGCGGCCCCAAGGCGGCAACGACUUCGCCUCGCUCCUCGGGCAGCUCGCCAAGCCCCGAAAAACGGAAAUUACAGAAAAACUUAGAAUGGAAAUCAACAAAGUGGUGAAUCGCUACAUCGACCAAGGCGUCGCUGAACUGGUGCCUGGCGUGCUGUUCAUAGAUGAAGUACACAUGCUUGACAUUGAGUGCUUCACGUACCUGAAUCGGGCGCUGGAGUCUUCGCUCACCCCAAUCGUGGUCUUCGCGACGAAUCGCGGAAUCUGCACAAUUCGAGGAACAGAGAUCCUCUCGGCUCACGGCAUUCCCGUCGACCUCCUCGAUCGCAUGCUCAUCGCCAGAACUCUGCCGUACAACCUCGAGGAGAUCAAGCACGUGAUUCGGAUUCGCGCGAAGAUUGAAAACUUGGAGAUGGAGGAGGAGGCCAUCUGUCUCUUGGGCGAGAUUGGCGAGCGGACGUCGCUCCGCUACGCGGUUCACCUGUUGACCCCCGCGUCGAUACUCGCAGAAACUGAGGCCGACGACGAGCAACCCGUCAUCAAACUGGACCACAUCGAGGCGGUCGACUUUCUCUUUCAAGAUGCGCGGUCCUCCGCGCGCCGUCUCGCCCAAGAAGCAGAUUGCUUCGUUCACUGA